UGGCCCGAGGUGCCAUCCGCCACCUUCUUCACCGCGCUGCUCUCGCUGCUGGUGUCUGGGCCUCGCCUGUUCCUGUUGCAGCCUCCCCUGGCGCCCUCGGGCCUCUCGCUGCGGUCCGAGGCUCUGCGCAACUGGCAAGCCACUAUGGAAGGAGAGGUCAGGAUUACAGCCGAGGAGACGGGCACAAAGAGUGUUAAGUGACACCCACUCAAUCCACCUGAAGCCGUUACAAUUAAUUAACCCUCAAACUGCCCGGUGAGAUAGUCACAGAUAAGACUUGCUCCAGGUCUGGGAAAGAGCAAAGAUUAGACAUCCACGCCUCUACUUUGAGUCCUGGGUCUUUCAUUGUUGCCUCCCUCUGCUUAUCCCACUGGCUCCGGGCUGAUUUUCACUGGCAAUGAGAGCCAGCUGCUCCCCGUUUCCUAGUUUACAGGCUGGUGACUUACAUCUUUGUCUACGAGAACCCAGUCUCCCUGCUCUGUGGUGCCAUCAUCAUCUGGCGCUUUGCUGGCAAUUUUGAGAGAACCGUGGGCACCGUCCGCCACUGCUUCUUCACCGUGAUCUUCGCCAUCAUCUGCGCCAUCAUCUUCCUGUCUUUUGAAGCUGUGUCAUCGCUGUCAAAGCUGGGGGAGGUAGAGGAUGCCAGAGGUUUCACCCCAGUGGCUUUUGCCAUGCUGGGAGUCAAUUCCGUCCGCUCUCGGAUGAGGAGGGCCCUGGUGUUUGGCAUGGUUGUGCCCUCAAUGCUGGUGCCGUGGCUUCUGCUCUGUGCCUCCUGGCUCAUUCCCCAGACCUCUUUCCUCAGUAACGUCUGUGGACUUGGAAUUGGGCUAACAUAUGGCUUCACCUACUGCUACUCCAUUGACCUCCCAGAGCGAGUUGCACUGAAGCUCGACCAGAAGUUCCCCUUCAGCCUGAUGAGGAAGAUUUCGAUGUUCAAGUACAUCUCUGGCUCUUCAGCUGAAAGAAGGGCAGCCCAAAGCCGGAAGCUGAACCCUGUGCCUGGCUCCUACCCCACACAGAGCGGCCACCCUCACCUGGCCCCGAACCACCCUGUGGCCCAGAUGCAGCACACCAGUGGCCAGAAACUGGCCCCCUGGCCGUCCUGGGUCCCUGGGCACACGGCCAGCCUGCCUCCGUACCAGCCCACGUCCGGCCUGUGUUACGUGCAGAACCAUUUUGGCACAGUUCCCAGCUCCUCUGGUGUCUACCCGGCUUCUGCGGGUGCCUCCCUGGGGGUCCAGCCCCCCGCCCCCCUCAACUGCCCCGGCACAGUGCAUUCCGGGGCCCUGGCCAGUUCAGCGACUACAGGCUCUAAGGAGUGCUCAAGGGUCCUGAUCCCCUGAGAGAGAGUUUCCAGGGAAGCGAUCUCCCAUCUCGGCCUUCCGAGGAAGGUCCUUUCUGAGCUGAGAUGUUCUUGACAAAAAGUUACUUACUGAACACCUCUAUGUGCCAGGCUCUGUGUUGAGUAUUUUGAUAUGUGUCUCUAUUUCAUUCUCAUUCAUCCUCGUGACAACUUGGUGAAGUACAGCUUGUCGUCCCCAGUUUACAGAUGCAGAAAGCGUGCAGUGAGGUCACGUGGCCUUGUAGUGGCACAGCUGGGGCACUUGGCUCCAGGCCCAGGCCCUGCCCACCCACAGGACACCUGGGAGAAGAGGGCAUUGGUGGUCAGUGGCUCGUUUCAGCUCUCCAUUCCCUUCCUGUCCUCGUACGUCAUGCUCGUGGUUAUGCCGUGUUCGUGUGACUGCGUGUGCCCUUUGGGAGCUCCCGGCUGGUGUGCUCGCCAGUCCCCAGGCCUGUGCGUUGUUCCUCCCUUGCGGUGACCCCCCAGCCCCACACCCAGACUUCUGCCCCGGAAGUGGUGCGACGGGCCAGCGUGAGCCGCAGCCGCAUGCUUCUGGAUCCAUAGUGCUGAUUACCUUUGUAUAAAGAAACAGCCUCCAGCCUGC